GCAGUAGCUCAACUUUGUGCGGCUUCACUCUUCUACAUCUCAGGACGCUCCUCUUGCUCUUCUCCCAACAUUUGUGCUCCCAUUACGGACAGAAGAGGCCUGUCUCCACCAGGAAGUCACCCCGGUUUUUGUGGAGACGUGUGAGCGCGCAGGGCACCCUCUCUGUGGGCAAUUUCAAGGCAAAGAGACGCAAGCAGCAACCUGGCGGAGGAAGAGGGCGUUCUAAGCUAAAAGUCACCAUGGACGUUCCCGGUAUGCAGAGCUCUCAGAUUGAUCCCGAAGAAUUAUUCACCAAACUGGACCGCAUUGGCAAAGGCUCCUUUGGAGAGGUGUUCAAAGGCAUUGAGAAUUCCUCACAGAGGGUGGUGGCCAUCAAGAUCAUUGACCUGGAGGAAGCGGAGGAUGAAAUUGAGGACAUCCAGCAGGAGAUCACUGUGCUGAGCCAGUGUGACAGUCCUUACAUCACCAAGUACUAUGGGUCCUACCUCAAGGGGAGCAAACUGUGGAUCAUCAUGGAGUACCUUGGUGGAGGUUCUGCACUUGACUUGCUGCGUGCAGGUCCAUUCGAUGAGUCCCAGAUUGCCACCAUGCUGAAGGAGAUUCUGAAGGGUCUGGACUACCUCCACUCAGAGAAGAAGAUCCACAGAGACAUCAAAGCCGCCAAUGUGCUGUUGUCGGAGCACGGCCAGGUGAAGCUGGCCGACUUUGGGGUGGCUGGUCAGCUGACUGACACGCAAAUUAAGCGGGAAACCUUUGUGGGGACACCCUUCUGGAUGGCGCCAGAGGUCAUCCAGCAGUCUGCAUAUGACUUCAAGGCGGACAUCUGGUCACUGGGCAUCACCGCCAUUGAGCUCGCCAAGGGGGAACCGCCCAACUCUGACAUGCAUCCAAUGAGAGUCCUCUUCCUCAUUCCCAAGUCUCCUCCCCCCACGCUGACGGGCGAAUUCUCCAAGAGCUUCAAGGAGUUCACAGAGGCAUGCCUCAACAAGGACCCCGCCUUUCGUCCCACCGCUAAGGACCUGGUUAAGCACAAGUUCAUCGUCAAACACUGCAAGAAGACGUCGUACCUCAGCGAGUUGAUUGACAGGUACAGGCGAUGGCGAGAGCAGGGACACAGCGACAGCAGCUCUGACGACUCAGACAGCGAGUCGAGCGACAAGAAGGACAGCGACUCUCCCGAGUGGAGCUUCACGACGGUCCGCAAGAAGAAGACGGACGGUCGACCGCUCAUCAAUGGGCAGGAUCCGCUAAGUGCGUCCUCCAGCCUGUCCAGCAUUAUCUCACCUGUCUUCACUGAGUUGAAGCAGCAGCAUAUGGAGCACUCUCAGCAGCGACUGGCCAUUGAGGGGCUGGAGCGCAACAUCCGAAUGGCUGAGGACGUGUGCCCAGGCAUCACAGACAGGAUGGUGACGCGCAUCAUUGCCAGGUUCAACGCCAACUGAGGACUCCGGAAGUGUACCGAAUGAAGAGAGACUGUGUCUCAGUAUGGAGACUUGCUGUGCAAUGUCUCCACACACACACACACACAAGCAUAAUUUACUUCACUGCUGCUGCAUGAAGAAGUGAGGAGUUGCGAGUUGGUGACUCUUUACUAACUUUUGUCAAAUAUCUUCACCGUGUGCCUUUAGUGUUGUGCAGCAGCGCAGUUUUAUGUUAAAUAUUUGUUCAGUAGCACUUGACAAAGACCAUAUGCCAUGAUUGUUACUGUAUUAUUAUUAUUAUUAUUAUUAUAUUUGUCUUCUUGCCUCAGAAACACUUUUGAACAGGGCGCCCUCAUUCAAAAUGAUGUUAACAGUGAGUUAGUGUUACAACAGUUGGCAAGAAUCUUAUUGUUUGCUACUGCUGUUUGCCUGUGCAGCUAUCUAGCUUCCAAAAGUGUUACUGACACUUCGAACCAAAGACACUAUAGCUGGUCCUUGUGUAUAUAUAUUUUUUACUAUAAAAUUAAGGGAUGUGACAAUGCUUACUCAGUGGGAACGUUAAAUGAGCUUUUAGAGAGAUAUUUUCCUUUUUGUAGCGGGACGUAGAGUUUUAAUAAUAAAUAUUUAAGAUUGAUUGACCAUGUCAUCCGCU